GGGAGGGAGGGAGGGAGAUGGCGGUUGGUGCUGGUGAGCGCGGGCAGAGCCGGGCAGCGCUGUCCGUCGGCGGCCGGUGCUGAACUAGUCCGUGUGUGUCCGUGUCCGAGAGACAGUGAGGAGAGAGGUGAUGGAGGGGCAGCCCGACAGCCCGAGCCGGGCCGUGGAGUACCUGCUGGAGCUCAACAACAUCAUCGAGUCGCAGCAGAAGCUGCUGGAGCAGCAGCGGCGCCGCAUCGACGAGCUGGAGCGCCAGCUGGAGCGGCUGGGCCGGGAGAACCGCAGCCUGAGGCGGGCAGGGCUGGGGGGGGCCCAGGGCCAGGGGCAGGCCGAGCCCCCCGUACCCCCACCCCCCCCACCCCCUCCACCUCCUCCUCCACCCCCUCCACCACCGCCCCCUCCUCCACACGCCAACACCGGGCAGUCCGGGGCACCCACACCCGACGGGGCCGGCAGUCCCCCCGUCACCCCGCACCGAGACAGGACUGAAAUCCAAACAUCAAAACCCAUCAGGUCAGUGAAAGAUUUUGUGCAACUUUCUAGUUUUCGUUCCGUUUGCAAUGACUGUGAUGGGAGCUCUUUUGAAGACUUUCACUCGGGGCAAGGAGACUUGAUUCUGUUGGUCUGGAAGUGUACAUAG